CAUUAAUCUAAAUCCUUUAGGCUUAAACGUAAUCAUAUCAUUUUGGUUUUGAUUUUUGGGGAGGUUGGAAAUUACAUUAAUUCGUCUUGCAGAAUGUUGGGUACAAAUAAUUCCAACUUGGCUACAAUCAUUUUUAUUAACAUUUAUGGUGGCAUGAUUAUGACAAAAAACAGAAGUGGCUCCAAUCGAAUAUCAAUGAUGUAACAUUCUAAGGUCGGAAAAAUCGAAGCCGAAUGAAUCCUUUACUCGGCAGUCGGGGGCAUGGAGAUUGUCAAAUUCGGUGGGACAACCGAUGACUCCAACGGUUCCGAAUGGCUUUAAACGGCUCUAUAGGCUUCGGACCGUAGCCGAUUGAGCCGGUCUCGUAGUACAGUCGUCAACUCGUACGACUUAACAACAUGCCCGCCAUGGGUUCAAUCCCCAAUUAAACCGCGCCGCCAUACGUAGGACUGACUAUCCUGCUAUGGGGGGAAUCAAUUAGUCACUGGAAGCCAAGCCCACAAGUGGGUACAGGCAGGCCUUGACCGACAUCGGUUGUUGAGCCAAAGAAAAGAAGAAGAUAGGCUUCGGACGGCACCGAACGGAACUGUUGGUUUGAUUUUGGCCGGAUUCGGAGUAAGAAUAGCUAAAAUCGGAAAUGGUUUUGAGCCGUGGAUGCGAUUCCGACAAUCCAUCACUAGUUGUUGCGAAGUUUCCUAGUGUGUGUAUCAAGUUAUUUUCAUUUCUUUUUCGUUUGUAGACAGUUGACGCAAAUCUAUUUUUCCAUACAGAAUGCGCAAUCGAAUGUGCACAAAACUAUGCUAAUAUUCAGAAUUUAAUCGAAACAUAAUACGAUUGAGCUUGCAUUCGAUUCAAUGAUUCUUAAGGGUCUCGAUUGAUAUGUACGUUAGUGUAAAAUAAGUUUAUGAGAUGUUAUGGGUACAUUCAUGUUAGUUUCCAUAUACCAACAAAAGGAUUGUUCUUCUCUGGAAAAUUUAAUACACUUUGACAAAUAGUAAUAACAGAUUUAGGGUUUGCAGUGCUUUUAGCAAUUCUCAAAAUACUCUUGCGGGCCGCAUCCAGAAUCGACGCGGGCCGCAUGCGGCCCGCGGGCCGCCAGUUUGACAUACCUGAUUUAAACAAUCGUCGUUCUAGUUCUAGCGAUGCAUAACUUCAAUGCGAAACCAUACAACAGUACAAAGGAAAUGAGAAAGCUCUCCUCCAAGCGAUGAAGCUCAACUGGUUGGGGUAUCCCACCAACAGAGAGCGCCAUCAGCUUUUUUGCUAUUUUUAGAAUGCAUGAGUCGUUUGCCGUUUGCUAAACGAAGUCUUUCUAUAUUCCGUUUAGGUAGAGAACUUGAGUCGUUUAGAAGCCGUUUGGUGGUCGUUUAGUGGAUUUGUGGCACUUGGGUAAUGGCGACAACAGAACAGCAGAUAGUAGAGGGACUAAAAGAAAGGCGGCUUACAUCGUCAAGCGAAAAGAUAAGGACGGCAAAUACGUGAACACAAGAACAGCGAUACUAACGUUCAACACAACAGUAAUACCGAGACGUGUGAACGUUGGAUAUUACUACGAUGUGUUGGUAGAACAAUACUACCCGAAACCGAUGAGGUGUAUGACAUGCCUCCGGUUAGGACACAAAAAAAGAACUGCCGGGGAACAAAGAAAUGCGCAAAAUGCGCCGAGGAAUAUCACGAAAACUGCAAUGGAGUCGAACGGUGCAUGGAAUGUGGAGAAAACCAUAGCACGUUGGACAAAAAUUGCCCAGUAUAUUUGGACGUGGUCGAAAUUAAAAAAAUACAAACAAAAAAUAGAAUAGAAUAAUGGAAAACGAACACAAUAUCAAUAUGCAGAAAAUAACUCCCACAUUCACAGACAAGCAAAAUAAUCAAAACGACACAGAAAAAAAUAACUUAGAAAAAAACGAAUCAGAAAACGAAACAAAAGACACAGAAAAUAUUAAGAAUCAGAACAAAAUUACUGAAAUAGAAAUAAUCGAUACUAGCGAGGAGGAAAUGGCAGGUUUUAUGAGCGACGAAAUCAGUCCUCAUCCCAGAUCGCCAAAUAAAUCAGAAACAAAGCAACAUAUCCAACAAACAGACAAAUAAACAUUAAAAAAAUAAAUAAAUAACAUUCAUUAAAAAAAAUGGAAAAUAUAAAAAAUUUCCAAAAUAAUGUACAAAGUUUACGAAAUUGCAAGGAUGAACUUAGAGAAUUCCUAUUGAAAGGAAAUUAUUUAAUAGGAUGUCUCCAAGAGACAUGGCUGAAAAAUAACGAAAAAGGAAAAAUAAAUGGAUUCAAUAUAGUAAGACAAGAUAGAGAGGAUGGAUAUGGCGGAUCAUGCAUUAUUAUUAAAAAUAAAAUAAAAUUUAGAAGAAUACCAGAAUUACAGAGCUCCAAAUUUAUACAGUUAGUAGGAAUAAAACUAACCGAGUUGAACAUUAAUAUAACUUCCAUUUAUGCCUCAACGAAAGCAACGAUAUAUGAAUUUGAAGAAAUGAUAAACCAAAUAACGAAUUUCGGUGAAAAGACGAUAAUUGCAAGAGACUUUAACAGCCACCAUUCAUAUUGGGGUGAUGGAAAAAUAGACAGCUGGGGAAACACCUUAUUGGAAGGAAUUGAAGCCUCAAGUUUAAUAGUACUAAAAAACGAAACAUACACAAAUAUACCUAGCGACACAACUAAACGAAGAACAGCAAUAGACUUAACAAUAAUAACACAAGAUAUAUAUGUCGACACACACAAAAAAAUUUUAGACCAACACAUAGGAAAUAGCCAGCACCGAAUAAUAGAAAUAAGCCUCAACAAAAGCACAACAGAUGGAAAAACAAUAGUAUACAACAAAGCAAAAAUUCUAGAGCAAAUUAGUCGAAUAAACAGCAAAACACCACAAACAAUAAAACAACUAGCAAAACAAAUCCAAACCAUUAUUUAAAAAAAAUCGACACAGGGUGAAACACAAACCAAAAUCAUGGUGGAAUAAAGAAAUAAAAAAUGCGUGGAAACAGAAAACGAACGCAAGAAAAUCCUUCAACAAUUAUAGAACCAUUGAAUCCUUAAUCGAACUAAAGAAAACAUCAGCAACAUUGAUGCUAGAAAUUUUGUAACAGUAAAAGAAAAUACUUAGAAAAUACAAUAAAAACAAUAAACGAAGAUACAUCUAAUAAAGAACUGUGGGAAAUAGUUAAAAAAAUUAAAAUUAAAUACAAAUGAAGAAAAGAUUAUUCAUAGUAAUGAGGAAAACGCAAAAAGCUACUGGACAUAAAUUUCGAAAAGAACAAAGGACUAAAACUGGAAGCAUUCAAUAUACCAGAAUUAAUAAACGAGGAAACUGUGAUAUAGGUAGAAGAUUGGGACAAUAUAAUCAGAAAAAAAAAAGAAAUCAGCACCAGGGGAUGACAAAAUCACAUAUGAAAUGCUAAAACAUCUAAACACAAAAGAAAAAAUAACUUCAUACGGGAAAUAAAUGAAAUGUGGCAAAGGGGCAAAAUAAAAAAAAAAACAAUACAAGAAAAUAAACGCAAUAGCAAUCCCAAAACCAGGAAAAGAUAUACAACAAAUAGAAAACUACAGAAUCAUCUCUCUUCUACAAACAAUAAUAAAAGUAAGCAACACAGCAGUAUUAAAAAAAAUAAACAGGCACAUCACAACAAACAAGAUACUACCUGACACCUCUUUUGGAUUUAGAAAAAAAAGGUCGAUACAAAUGUGUACCAACUAUGUCUGUAAUCAAAUUACAAUGAACAAAAAAAAUAAUUUAAGGACAGGCAUAAUAUUUGUUGAUCUAGCAAAUGCAUAUAACACGGUGAAAAGCAGUGUAUUAAUAAAAAACUUAAUAGAAGCGAAUAUGCCUAGUCAAAUCAUACACUGGAUAGGAGAUUUCUUAAGAAAUAGGACUAUCGAAAUAACAAGCAACGGAAAAAAAUCGUUAAAUUAGUGACGGAUGGUCUCCCACAAGGAGACGUGAUGUCUCCUACACUAUUCAACAUAUAUACAAGAGAGCUACACCAAAGAGUAAAUAACAAAAAAAAAAAACACCAAACUAAUACAAUACGCUGACGAUUUCAUAAUACUGGUAGCUGGAUGCAAUGACGCAACAUUAAAAAGUAACUUAGAACAAAGCAUGCGACAAUUUAUGAUAGGAAUAGAACAACUAAGCUUAAAAACAAACCUCUCAAAGACAAAAAUAAUGGUGAUGGGGAAAAACAACUAUAAUAUAGACAUAAAUAUAAACAAUACUCCAAUAGAACAAGUGAACACAUACAAAUACCUGGGAACUAUACUAGACAAGAACCUAAACUUCAAUAAACACCUAGAGUACCUAAAAAAUAAAGCAACCGAAAGACUGAAUAUUUUCAAAAUCAUCUGCGCCAAUAGAAAUAGCAUAGCCCCACAUAAAGCAAGAACCGUCUAUAGAGCAACAAUAAGAAGCAUCUUGGAAAGGGGAUCCUCAUAUACCAGCAACAAUAAUAAAAUAAACAGUAACAAGCUAAACUCCGCAACACACAUAGCACUGAGAAGGAUAUCAGGAUGUACUAAAACAACCCCAACAAAUUCCCUACACGCCAUUAACGCAGAAGUGCCUCUAAAAAUUAGAAGGAAAUAUGUUGCCAGCAAAGAGAUUAUAAGUGCUUUCACGUUUUGCCCUAUAGCUAGAAAACAAAUGAAAAAAAUAGGAGAAAUGAAACAAACGAGGAAAAAAAUGACUAGCCAAGAAAAAUUAUACGGGGAACAUAUAGAGCUGUUAAAAACAAUAUCAACUACCAAAGAAAAUGACAUAUCGGGAUACAUAAAAAAUAAUACAAGCUUAAAACAAGAAAUAGAGAAAAAGAAAGAUACAAACAAAAUAAUGACAAAACAAAUUACACUCAGAAAAAUAGAACAAAUUACGAAGGAUAGACCAACUAUAUACACGGAUGGAAGUGCCAUAGAAGGGAAAACAGGAAUAGGAAUCCUAUUACAAGACAAAAAAAACAGAUGGUAUCACAGUUACAAAACAAAAAAUAUUGCGGCAAUCACAACAAUAGAGCUACUAGCGAUAGAAAAAGCAAUAGAACAAGCAGAAAUGAUAGGAAUGAAAAAUCCAAUAAUAUUUACGGAUAGCUUAGCAGGCUGUGAAAUCUUGAAGAAAGCAAAAAACGAAGAGGAAAUAGAAAAGAUUAUCAGCCGUACCGGCGAACUCGUUCAACGAGAAACAUUCGUCGCUCAUGAGUGGACAGGGUUGUACCACUAGGUUGGCCAGUACAAAAUCUAUACGGUUUUCUAAUUUUUGAUCUAGAGGGCUAUGAAAUGAGUGAAAAUGAGCGUCACGGCGAACGUUCCCAGGAACGAACGAGUUCGCCGGUACGGCUGUAUAUACAACAUCCACAAAAAAGGAAAAAAAUAGGGGUGGAAAUAUGGUGGAUACCCGCACAUGUCGGAAUAAGCGGAAAUGAAUGGGCCGACAAACUAGCAAAGGAAUAAGUGAUAAUAGGCACAAUAAGUGAUCUAGUUGUUAACAAUAAAAUAAGAUACACAGAUGGUUUCAUUAAACUAAAAGAGCAGAUGUUAAAAGAAACACAACACUGGUACGAAAAGGAGAGCAACCAUAAGGGAAAAAAAUUCCUGGAAUUCGAACCGGAAUUCCCAUUAACGGCAUGGGAGAGAGACACAGAACUGUCACCAAAAGAGGUCAGAGUGACAAACAGAAUUCUGACAGGUCACUAUUUCACUAUUUUGGCUCAACAAAAUGAGAAUAAAAGAAAUAGGAGACUGUCAAAUAUGCCAAGAACCAGAUACAGGACGACACAUAAUAUUCAAAUGCAAAAAAUAUGAAAAUAAAAGAAAAGAGAUCUCCUUCGAAAAAUUAAAAGAAAAAUGGAAAGACAAAGCAGGUACGGAAAUAAAAAAAAUAUUGAAAUUCAUGAAAGAUAAUGAAAUAGAAAUCUAAAAAAAGGAAAUCAAAACAGUUGAUACAAAUAUGUCAAACUACAAGGACGAUUACAACAUAGCUCCCCACGGGAAGCGGUUUUCUCGGGCGGCGGUGCUGUCGCUGCGAUGCCGCGUGCCGGCGCGCUUUCUCGGGGGUGCAUGGGCGGUUUCUGGGGGGACAGGCGCGUUCUUGGGUGGCCCCCGCGGAGGCCUGUGUCUUGAUUUUGACGGAUGGGAUUGCGUGCGGCGGUGCGUUUGGGGCCG